AUGCAAGCUCUUAUGAUUUAUACAAGUAAGUGCAAUAUUACGUUAUGAUGUUUUAUUCAUAUUACGUUUAAUUAAUAUGUUUUAUUCAUAACACAGCUGUUAGUUGGACCCCCUGUGAAUAAACUGUGUAGUAAUGUAAUACAAUACAACGGUAACUCCGAAUAAAGUAAGCAUUUUGAUUCAACGUCGCGACUUUAUUUAGUCAUGAUGAGUUAAUUUAUUUAGUCAUGAUGACUAAAAAUUUAUUUAGUAUGAUGACUAAAUAAAGUCGAAACGUUGAAUCAACCGUUGUAUUGUAUUUUAUGAAAAUACUCAGUGGUUCCAGCAAUUAUAAGUAAUGUAAUGAAGAGCAAUAUUGGAUGAGUUGUACAGUCAUAAUUCAUGAAUACUCUGAUACAUAUAUGCACAGUACAUGCAUAGUCAUCUAGUUGACUUUAAUAGGGGGCUAAGUCCUAACAUUUCAUGGUAGCUGUGAACUAGACGCUGCCACUCCCCUAAGUAUAUUUCCACCUGCCUCAGCACUUCCACCAAAAUCCGAUCUUGGCCGGAAGCCUGCACUAGACACUCUGUCCACCCAAAAUGAAGCUGAGCUUUAUUGUUUGUCCGACGAAUGUAAAUCAAAAUGUACCCUAGUCCAGGACUAGAGGAUUGCAUGUUAAAUGGAAAGUGAACUAGAAAUGUUGUUGUUUAUUUAAAAUAAUCGAGAGUGGUGCGGCGAGCGAAAUGGUGAAGUGUAAAACGAACUUAAAUUGUUGAAGAUUUACUGCUGUUAUGUUGACAAGCAAAUUAUUUAAUAUUUGCACUACAUUUACUCUUCAGAAUUAAUACAUAGUGCUGAUAUUAAUUUGUGUCAUUCAGACUAAUUUCCGAGGCAAACUCAACUGAAGGUUAUGAAAGUUAUCAUCAUGCAUAUGUCUGACCCGUUCUCAAAGUGAUCGGACAUUUUGCAAGAAAGGCCUGUGAAAGAUAUUUUGAGGCCUGCAGACAAUAAAGACAAUCUUUUGAACCAGCGUCCAAGAGACUAGUUUCGAAAUUUUUCUGGCGCAUGUCUGGAGCUUAGAGCCCUGUAAACUAUGGAGGGUAGCCUUACUCCAUGGCUCCAUAACAGCUGCAGUCAUACCGUUUUAAAUGCAAAUUUAUCUUUGUUUUCCUAGAUUGGUACAUACUGGAGUAUGCUGACAGUUGGUUGUAACAUAAUGGCUGGAUUAUGUCCUUUAAUAACAAUACAUCUUACGUCAAAUUACCGCUGGCAAUAUGCAAUGCUAUUCCCUGGCCUGCUAGCUAUAUCCUGUUCUCCCAUAAUAUACACGAUGAUCUAUAACUCGAAAAAAGAAGCCGGUCUUAAUGGUGCUAACACAACAGACAACCUUACAGCGAAAAGGAAACCAGCACAAUACUCUUGGAGUAAAGUUCUAUUUCAACUUUUACAUAGUCCAUUUUUAUGGGUUCUUCUUCAUGGAGAUUUUGUAACGGCCAUGUUGAAGAAUGGAAUUAGUGAUUGGAUUCAGCUGUAUCUUAUACAAGACAAGGGGCAAUCGCAAUAUACAGGUAUUAUAUCCGUGAUAGGGAUUCUAUUUUAUCAUUUAAUUAGGAAGUGCGCUGUCGUCCCGAUGACGAAGGCAGGAUCGUUGAUAGUCAACCAUGAUUAGAAAAAUAACCAGGUUGAGAAUCUUGCCGAGAUCUCAACAAAAUCUUGACCACACCCUACCAACAUCUCACCAAUAUCUUUCCAAGAUAUAAAUUUUAUACACUCCAUUUAUUGCACAAUUUAGAGCUGUGCAAACUCCGGCUGCGGCAGUCAAAGCUCCGGCAAGGAAAUUUUAUAUUUAUGAGUGAAAUCGGAUCGGAGCAAGUAAUUUUAAAAACUUUAUAGUAACUUGAAAUCAUUGAACAACUUAAUUUUUUUCCAUUACCAAAAGUUCAUUAAAAUAUGAAAUAAUUUUUCAUAAUUUUGUCUGCCGGAGUUUUUGCCGGAGUUUUCCGACUCCGGCAAAAUAUGCCGGCACUCCGGCGCACAGCUCACACAUUAACCGCGCUGUUUGAGCAGAGUUACAGUAAAGGGAAUGUCAAAUAUACGUUUCUGUCAAAAGACGUCAAUAGUGAGUUUGGGAACCAACAGCAGCGACACAAUCUUUCGUUUCGUAAACCGCCAGGAUCACCAGUAACAAUCAUUGUCACCACUUUCAGCGGUGAAUAUGAAAAGAGAUAUUAGAGACCUUAAGAUUGACGUUUACGGCAAACGUCAAACCGCUAGCGAAGUUUUUGAUUUUACAACUCUAUUAUUAUAGCUUUUACACCAGUUUUGAAAUAUAUGUUAAACAAUAAUUAAACUUGUGCUCUUUAGGAAUGAUUUAAAAAAGCAAAUUAACCACUAGACAUGUAUUCACCAAAGCACUAAAUUAAGAUUUGUCGUUUGAAGUUGACGUUUGGCGUAUAAAUUUCAUACUUGAACUGCUACGAGGGCUUGUAGUCGUUCAAGCAUGAAAUUUAUACGCCAAACGUAAACUUCAAACGCCAAAACUUAAUUGACUGCUUUGGUGAAUACAUGACUAGUGGUUAAUUUGCUUUCUUAAAUCAUUGCUAAACACCACAAGUUUAAUAAUUGUUUAAUAUAUUUCAAAACUGUUGUAAAAGCUAUUAUAAUAGAGUUGUAGAAUCAAAAACUUCGCUAGCGGUUUGACGUUUGCCGUAAACGUCAAUCUUAAGGUCUCUAAUCACCACGCCAAACGCGCGUUUAAUCAUUUAAGUAGCAAUGCGCCCCACUUUAUUAUUUUACUCUGUCUAACACCUGACGAUUUUACUCGUCAGGGGGAGAGUGCUGCCCUCAAUGAUUUAAGGUGGCUCCCUACAGUUGUAAGGAAACAGCAGCGAAGAAUAAGGUCUUCACAAUGACGCAAAAUAUUUGCUAUUUACGUGAAAUGGGGAUUUUUUUAAGUGCAAACGCUUGCGUAAUCUUUAUACUUCAAGCAUGAUCGUUCGAAAGAAGUAAAUUGGAUGUUGCUAUGGUAAUAAUGCGACCUAAGUGACAGCAGAUCUAUAAAGAUCAAUUUUUGGACUAAAAAUGAAUUUAUUAAAAUGUACUUCAAUCAAAGUUUCUAAAAUUUUGGAGGUGUAAAGGGAAUAUCUGGUGGAAGAUUAUAUUAAAAAAUUAGGAUGGGGGGGGGGGGUGUUAUAUAUUCAGUUUCUGAGAUAUUACACGAAAUUCGUUUCACAAAUACUGUUUUAUAGAAUUUUUAAAAAUCGAGUAUAUUGCAAUAAGUGACGAGUACUUUUAAAAUACAAAAUUUCACAAAUAUUGACCGACGGAAAAAAGCAUUGCAAACCUUGAGCGGUCAAAUGAAAUUUUGCUGAUGUGGUAAACUCGACAAAAUCACGUCAUUUCAUUACCAGUCCCAUGCUUAAACAACUGUAUAGGGAGCCACCUUAAACACACAUUGUCAGUAUAAAUUUUUUACUUGUUUUCUUUUUAACUUUUGCCUUCAAAUUAACAUUUUGACAUCUAGACUAAUUCUGAAUUAUACAUUCGUUUAAACUUUCGGCUGAUAGGUCUCGUCCAGUGGCACAUAAUUUGAAAUUAUAUUCGUCUGACGGGUAGAAAUUUUUACAGACAGUGUGUCUACAGUAAGUGGGGCCACUUAGAGAACACUAACCAAUCACAUUGCAGAACAGAAAUGAUUACUAGAUUGCAUUGAUAUCGAAGGAACUAGACUCAGUUCCGAAAUAUCACAUACUCGAACCGACCUGACCGCGUAGCUCAGUUGGCAGAGCAUGGGGCUAGCAUUCCAAAGGUCGUAGGUUCGAUUUCCACACUGGCCUUGAAAAGUAAACACUUCAGUUACUGGCUUCCUGAAGCGAACUCCAUGCUUUCUUUUAAUUGGACGAGCUGUAGUUUGAUUAGAUUUCUAUUUUUGUUCCGCAGUCUGAUUGGAUGGUGACAUAGUGUUCUGUAACCGAGUAUUCGCAGUUUUCCAACAGCCUUUCCAUUGCCUUUACGUGCAUGAAGAUCUUCUUUCUCUACCUGUUAAAACUGUUCAUGCUUAUUGCAUUCAUCGCGAUAUUAUCGAAUAUCGUGAUGAUUUCCUAGACAAUAAUCACGAUAUGAUGUUAUCAGUAUCGCCCAAUUCUAGUUAGUAUCUAGUUCGCGACUUCGUGUUGGUUGUGUUUGUUGAGUUCCUGUUAACACGUUUGAGGCGGCUAUUUAAACGCGCAUUUCGCGUGGUGAAUAUCUCAUUUCAUAUUCACCGGAUGUGACGCAUGUUGAAAGUGGUGACACUGAUUGUUACUGGUGACCCUGGCGGUUUAUGACACGGAAAAUUGCAGAAAACAAAAUUACUUAUACUUGUGUAUUUAUGCCAAAACAUACAUUAUACACCCUUUUCAUAAAUGGCUGCCGAUUAAAAAUUAUUUUAUUUGCAUAUAAAUUGCCCAACUAGCCUCGUACUCAUGUUAAGAUUUCAAAGGAAUUUCUACCCAGAAACGAGGCUAGUUGGGCCAAUUUAUAUGCACAUAAAAGAAUUUUUAAUCGGCAGCCAUUUAUGAAAAGGGACUGUAUUAAAUUUUUAAAAAGCACUUAUCUUUGUUUUAAAUACCCUGAAAUAAACACCCCCGAACGACUUAACAUAAAAUAUGUCUUUAACCUGUCUUUAACAUGUAUAACAGUGUUUUUACCCUGAAAUAAACACCCCCGAACGACAUAACAUUGAUAUCGAAGGAACUAGACUCAGUUCCGAAAUGUCACAUACUCGAACCGACCAGACCGCGUAGCUCAGUUGGUAGAGCAUUGGGCUAGUAUUCCAAAGGUCGUAGGUUCGAUUCCCACCGUGGUCAGGCAUAUUUUUCAAGCUUGCCCGGUGUGGAUAUACACUCAGAGUAACAUCACAAGCACUCGCAAGCAUCAUAUUCACCUGAGUACAUUACACCAACACAGGAAAAAAUCAUGUUUUACCUUGUUUGCGUGGUCAUGCAUGAGCCACGUGGUCACGUCUCGUAUGAACGCAGUGUAACGUUUCAUAUUAUUUUCUUAAAAAAGGCGAGAUUUCGCUUGUAAACUUGCAUGUCGAAAUGUUCUCUCGCUAACCGAGAUAACUUUUCUCCAUAUGAACAGGCCCUAAGAUAAUAAGUUUUUUGUAAGUUUGCAUGGCGAUAAAACCUAUAAUAGUUUUGUUUGUGGAAACACCACGUAAAUUUAUUACUGCAAAGCUUUCGAUCCGUAAGCCCCGGAUCUUCCUCAGUGCUAAUAAUAUGAGCACUAUUAUUAUUAGCACUGAAUAAUAUUACCAGCACCAAUGAAGAUCCGGGAAUAUUAUUAGCACUGAUGAAGAUCCGGGCUUACGGAUCGAAAGCUUUGCAGUAAUAAAUUUACGUGGUGUUUCCACAAACAAAACUAUUAUAAGCCCUAAGAUAAUUUUUUAUGAAAUGGGAACAUGAACUUACUCUGCGACGUGCUGUUAUAAUUAUUUGCUUUUUUUAUUUAGCUGGAUUAGCUGUGACAUUCUUUGAGAUUGGUGGAAUACUUGGGAGUUUUUUGGCAGGAGUUGUCACUGAUAAAUGGAUGCACAAGGUGAUUAUUAUAAAUAUUAAUUGUGUUCUGUACAGGUAUACCGUUGCUCCUGGUUAUAGGUCUCAAUAAAAUGUAUAAAAUUUACAAUCGAAAUUUCCAUCUACAAAACCGUUCAACGUUAAAUUCAAUCGAGUGAGAUGACCCAAAAAAUCCUGAUAUUUAUCCAUGCAUAUAUCUUACCAUGGCAUCAUCUUAGUUUAUACAGGAUAUAUGACUUGUGGUUAGAGCUCGACAGCUGGGCUCUGCAUGUAGCUCAGUUGCUUAUAGUGCGCUGACCCGGAGUCACAGGGGCGCAGGUUCGAUUCCUGCUAGAGAGACUAUACUUGCAAUCUUCGUAGCAGCUCCUGGUUAGAUCUAAAUCAAUAUAUAAAAUUUAGAAUCGAAAUUUCCUUCUACCAAACCAUUCAACAGUAGUUCAAUCGAGUAAGAUCCCCGAGGAAAUCCUGAUAUUUACCCAUUUACAGCAAUGGGUUUUGUUUUGAAAAAAAAAGUCAAUCAGUUGUUCCGCUGUCUUGCAUGAUGUAUGAUCUUUCAUGCAAGAUGCCCUACAACAAAGAAACACGUAUUCAUACGUAAUGUUUGCAACACGAGCGGCCGUGUUGUAUUGAAGAGGGAGUUUGGUAACUUACAACGGCAAGGGAAGAAAACCAAAGUACUUACAUUUUUGUGUUUGAAUCAAAGCAUAUAGAUUCCUAAACUCUUUAUUUGCCUCUUAAAUGGACUUAUCUUUUUCACCAACAACCCUUAAUUAAUUAAUUAAUUAAUUAAUUAAUUAACAAUUAUAGUUACAAGCCUAUAUUUAAUGAGCCGAAGGCGAAGUGAAUAUAGGCUUGUAAACACCGAGCCUGAGGCGACCAGUUGUUUUAGUAUAAUUUCAGUAUUGAAAAAGUUUUAUUAAUAACUGAAACUAAUACACGUGACUGUUUAGUUUAUGAGUAUAAUUUACAUAAAUAAUUACUUCCGUCUGAUUUUCAGCCAUUUUUUGAUAAAAGCAAUGGUUACUGCUCACAGCAGUCUGAGCAGUGACUAUCGCCUCAGAGUUGCUGCUGAGGGAGCCAAUCAGAACGCUCAAAUCCCAUUUUUCAAUACUGAAAUUAUACUAUAAGUAGUAAUAGUCAGUGAAUUCACAUUAAAUACCCGGGCGAACGUUGCAACUUUUGGCGUAGUUAUUAGUUAUGAGCCAUGAAAAUGGUGUUAAUAACGAAGCAGUUUGAACUACGGCGUGCUAUAAUAGACAAGAAAAUACAACUUAUAGUCGCCUUUGUUUUAGAGUAGAAAUGGUGUUGUUCAGAAACACGUCUUCAAUGGCAUUGCCGUUGUAUUUGCCAGCCUCACUAAUUCAACUAACAUAGAACAACCGAAUGUGAAUGAUGAUAUAAUUUAAUACGACACGGAUGCGAUAGGUAAUAUCACCGAGUAUGCAUGGUGUGGUUCAUUAUGAUCUUUGAUUGAUCAUUACACCUCGUUGGACGUCGUGUGCAGCACUGGCAAUAGCGUAGAUGCAUAAAAUUAGUGCACCUAAGUUCUAAUGAGAGAAAAAAAAGGAGAUGAAGGUUCUUAUAGACUCCCAUCACUCCUCAUCGUGGCUUUUCGGUGACCGAUUACGUCAAGUAUUACGCUCACUUUUAUUACCUACAUGACCUACUGUACUUAGCCUAGACUAUUUAUCUUUGCAACAAUUGUGAUAUUACUUUCCUAGCAAUGUUUAUCCUAUCUCACCCUGUUAACGUUUCCUGUGAGAGGAAACCGGAGCGCCCGGGGAAACCCACGACUUUCGGCAAAGUGUUGGCAGACUCUUUUCACAUGAGUCCGUAGCGAGAAUCCAACCCACGACUUUCGGCAAAGUGUUGACAGACUCUUUUCACAUGAGUCCGUAGCGAGAAUCCAACCCACGACUUUCGGCAAAGUGUUGGCAGACUCUUUUCACAUGAGUCCGUAGCGAGAAUCCAACCCACGACUUUCGGCAAAGUGUUGACAGACUCUUUUCACAUGAGUCCGUAGCGAGAAUCCAACCCACGACUUUCGGCAAAGUGUUGACAGACUCUUUUCACGUGAGUCCGUAGCGAGAAUCCAACCCACGACUUUCGGCAAAGUGUUGGCAGACUCUUUUCACAUGAGUCCGUAGCGAGAAUCCAACUCACGACUUUCGGCAAAGUGUUGACAGACUCUUUUCACAUGAGUCCGUAGCGAGAAUCCAACCCACGACUUUCGGCAAAGUGUUGACAGACUCUUUUCACAUGAGUCCGUAGCGAGAAUCCAACCCACGAUGUCAGAGUUGAAAGACGCUUGCUGUGACGACUGCGCCACUGCAUGAAGCCCACCCAUAAUGGUGGUUAAUAUCGUUUAUUAUAUAAACAUAAGUGUUAUGUAGAGUUUUUGGCCACUGAGAAAAAUCGUAUUUAAACACACGUAAAAAAUACGAUAUUUUUACGUGUGAAAAUAUCAUUUGUUGUAAAACGCAUUGCCACGGACGUUUUAUUGUUUUUCACUGAAUUUUGUUUAUAUAAUAAACAGAAAAAUACAUGGGUGCUUGGAAAUACCAGAUUUAUUUCUCGUGUUGAACAUGAUAUCUCACCCGUUCGCUGCGCUCGAUCACUCGUGAAAUAUCAUGUUCAACACUCGAAAUCUCGAAAUAAAUCUGGUAUUCACGCGCACCCAUGUAUUAUUUAACAAUUAUUCACGAUAAUCACCGAGCCUGAGGUGAAUAAUUGUUUUAGUAUAAUUUCAUAGGUGAUUAUUUGGAAACAAAUUUUAAAAUGCACAUUUCUUCGUCAUUUAAUUGACAAAACGGCUUCGACCGCCAUUUUGAAAAUCGCUUAGGUGAUUAUCGCGUAAUAAUUACCUCAACGGCAACCAAUCAGCGUGGAGAAUUUUCAAUAAUCACCUAUGUAAUUAUACUAAUCUCUAUUAAUUCGAGAUAUGCAGUGAUAUUCCGUUAUAAUUUAUUUUCUUUCAGCAAGAUGAAGCUAACAACUCUAGUGCUCGUAUGCCAGCUUUUAUAUGGUUAUACACUGUGCUGCUCGCGUGCGUUCAUUUUCUGAGGACAACCGUCGACUCGUCAUCAUCAACAGUAAUGUGAUUAUAUGUUGGGUUUUUUUUUUAUUAAACACACCUACCGACUUACGAAAUGUAGUAGUUAUCUCUUUCAAAAUCAAAACCUUCUAUUGGUCAUAAAAUAUAGUUAUAGGCUAGAACUGCAUGGUGAUAUUUUUGCGCCGUACCUUAAUUGUUUACGAACAUUUGGCCUUAUACUUGUCUGAUUAACAGUGGAAAAUGUAUAACAAAAUGCCUAUAUAAUUUAUAUUCCAUUUUCGUGAAAUUGACUUUUAUUGAAUUACUCGAAGCCUCGAAUUCCAUUGAGCUGGCCAUGCAAUUCACGUCGCUUGAUUGUUUUAUAAACUUAAAAAAAUUUAUUUAUAAAAUUUAUUUAUAAAAUUGUUUAAGUUUAUAAAACAAUCAAGUGACGUGUAUGUCUGGUAUUCGCAGUUAAGAGGUUCCAUAAUUUAGGUGCAGCCGAAGCAGAUGCGCUGUCACCAGAUGUAGCAAAUAUCUUCACUGUCAGUGGAUUCAGUAGUGGGUUGCUGUUUGUUCUAAGAUUAUUUGAUACAGUAAAUAACAAAUCCUUGAUAUUCUGGAUACUCUUGAUAUCAUGUAAUGCUUUGAAUUAGAAUCUUGAAAUAAAUUCGAUAUUUUACCGGAAGCCAAUGAAGAUCAACGAGUAAUGGUGAAGCAUGGUCAAAUUUUGAGGCUUUACAGACCAAUCUCACAGCCGCAUUUUGCAAUCAUGCGAAACAAUUACAAUUGUCAAGGCGACUUGAAAUAAAGGCAUGGAUUAGAGAUAAUGCAAUAGACUCACGUGAUAAGAUUCAGAUGGCAUAACCGGCCAAUGAAAGUUUCUUUUUAUUAAUGGUGAGGUCCAUCCGUAUUUAAAAGGCUGAAACACUCACCAUCUGGCCUUCGUAGAACCGGCCUCUGGCCAAUAGUUUUGCUAUCAGUUCCCUGAUUGUUAACAAACUUGUGAUAUCCAUUCGUUGUUAUAGUUGUUCAUAGGAGUUUUGCUGUUUGGCUGCGGCAUGGCACUUUCUGGCUCAAUUUCAUUAUACGGCUUAUUGGCAAUGGAAAACGGACCACCUGGUUUCUCGGGAACAACUCAUGCUAUUGUUGCGCUGGGUUCAAGCUGUAAGUUGACCACGCACUGUAUCAAAUUACAUUAGAACGUAACAGGCUGAAUAAAAAAAAACUGGUUGCUGUGUUUCACUAAAUAAGUCGUCCCAUUGCUUUAAUGCUACGUAUAAACUUAUUCUUUUCCGGUCAGUAACUCCAGGCUCGUCACGUAAACGGAGUCUUCUGAUUGGCUGAUGAGAUGUACGUAUCACAGAAUACGCACCUCUCACGUUUCGCGCAAAAAACGACGAUUCAAGACCAUUUUCCAACUCAAAAAUUACGCAGAAAGUUGAAAAAUCAUAUAGACACCGUGGCAAGAAUCGGCCUGCGAUUCCGGUGUAGUGCACUAACCAACUGGGGCCAUUUGCACGAAGCCCGUAUAGCGCUAUCCAUACUACUUAUACUACUUGUGUCAUCUAUAUAUCGGUAGUUUCGAAGUUUUUCAAGCAUUUUUACAAAGGGGUAGAACAUCCCUAUCCGGUGGAUAGCGCUAUCCAGGCUUCAUACAACCGGCCCCUGAGCUACAGAGUUGGAUGAAUAUCGAGAUUUUCGAGGGUGAAUAUCGAGAAGCAUCUCGUUGGAUAGGAUUUGCCAUUUGUGAUUAAUACGCAGCAAUUGGACUAUAUAUGGCUCAGUGACUUAGAGCGCAGCAAACAUGCAGAGGAACUAUAGUUGCAUUUUUCGCAACUGCUCCUCGUUAGGUUUAAAAAAUGUAUAGAAAUUGGCGUUCGAGAAUUCCAUGUACAAAAACACCAUCUACAAUUAUAUGCCCCAAAAUCGGCGAUAUUACAGUCGAUUUCAACUUACUUUUCACUCAAAUGUUCCGAACUUCGUUAGGAACUUCGUUAGGAACUUCGCAAAUUCGUUGCAAAGUUCAUAAUGAAAUUCACAAACAGGUUUGUAAACAAAGCCUCUGAUUGGCUAUUAAAUCAAACCAGCCAAUCAAAUGCCCAGUUUGCAAACCUGUUUGUGAAUUUCAUUAUGAAGUUUUGAACUUGGCAACGAAUUUGCGAAGUUCGGAACAUUUGAGUGAAAAGUAAGUUGAAAUCGACUGUAAUAGCAUGCAUUACCGACUAAUUGGUUUAUCUCUGAAGGCGGAUCUCCACUAGACUAUUUUUGAGACAAUUUCGGAUUCGUAAACUCUACGAGGAAAGAAAUCAGGAAAGGAAUCAGAACCAAUUGCUCGUACUCGAUUCACGACUGUAUGACCAUGAAAUAUUGUUUAGUUACUUCAGAAUGCUCCCUAGCACUUUUGAAGAUCUGCUAAAACUCGUUGGCCCUGUAUUAAGAAGGAUGCCAUGCUGAAAUGUUUGAACAAAGAAUCCUGCAAUCUUAUUGGUUAAAAUUUGGCGCUCGACGAAAAGUAGAAGUCAAUCCUGUAAUUUAUGCUUUAUAACAACACAUAAACACUACAAAUCCUACUUUUCGUCGAGCGCUAGACGAUCGCUCUUUUUUUCCAUUGCGCAUGUGUCGUCGCGAACUGUUUUGACGAUCGUCUCAAAAAUCGUCAAGUGGAGAUCCGCUUUAUGCAAUCCUAGUAUAUCUGAUUUUUGUACUUUUUUCUUGCUUAGUUGGUGGUGUAAUUGCUGGCUAUCCACUGGCUACAUUUGGUAAACUAUAUGGAUGGGAUCAAACUUUCUUGUUGUUUCAAAUUAUGGCUGCCGUCAAUUUUGUGGUUCACUUUUACACCAGAAAUAUAAACAAAUACAUGGUGGACUUCAAUAAAAUACAAUAAAGAUUAUUGAAUGCAAUUAGUAUAAUUUCAGUAUUGAAAAAUGGCCUUUGAGCAUUCUGACUGGCUCCCUCAGCAGUAACUCUGAGGCAAUAGUUACUGCUCAGACCGCUCUGAACAGUAACUGUUGCUUUUAAAAAAAAAAUGGCUGAAAAUCUGACGUAAGUAAAUUAUUUAUGCAAAUUAUAUUCAUAAAAUAAACACGUGUAUUAGUGUAUUUAUAAAUAAAACGUUUUCAAUACUGAAAUUAUACUAAAACAAUUAGCCGCCUCAGGCUCGGUGAUUACUUGUAAUCACAUCGCCUUUGGCGACUAAUGGUUUAAGUAGAAAUGGGACACGACCCGGUAGUGAACCCUCUGGUAGCCCAAACAUCACCAGUGCAUGUGCUGAGAACUCGAGUCCAAAAUGUGAAGCCAUAAUUUCACUGCUUGCCAUGAAUACCGCCUACUGUAUACGGUAUGAAGUACGAAUAACACACGCGAUACAAGAAAAUAUGGCAUUUAUCGAAUCAAAAACCAUUAACGUGCAUUACGUGGAGCAAAGAGUCUGAUGUCUUUUCCCAUCUUCAAAAACAUGUCAUUUUGGGAACAUGUGGGAAAAUGUAAUAUAUUAUAAGAAUUGUAGAAAUGAUUUUUCUCGUAUUUUCUGAUCUGCCUCGUCCCCAGGCGCUACGAAACGAUUUCACAUACGAGUCACUAUAUAAAAGGUUUACAUGAAGUAGUGCAUCAUUAUAGGCUCGCAAAGGGGAUGGGAUAUGAGCGCAUAAACAACGUAUAAACCCCUGCACUUGUUCGCUCGCGAUGCACUACUUCAUGUAAACCUUUUAUUUAGUGAUUCGUUUGUGAAAUCUUUUUAUAGCGCCUGGGAACGAGGCAGAUAUGACAUGUAAAACGUAUAGAAGAAAAUAAUAUAAAUAAAAGAGUAAGGUCACCGGCCUUCUUAAAAAGAUACAAGGGUUAAACAUGCAACAUGAUGUGGUUUAGUGUAGAUGCGCCUGCACAUGACUAAGCCGGCAACAUCACCAAGGAUAAUAAUUCCUAAAAUCCUUAGUCAACCAAUGAUUCCUCCUCCACCCCCA